CCGGCUGCCCCAGCUGGAGCCCGAAGGCUCGGGAGCAGCAUGCUGCUGCUGGGUCUACUGGCGCUGGGGUGGCUGAGCCCCGCGGGGUGCCCCAAGACGGAGCCCCUGAGCGGGUCCAGCAACGAGCCUCUGUUCCGCGGAGCCGACCGCUAUGACUUCGCCAUCGUCGUCCCUGCGGGCUCCGCGGAGUGCUUCUGGCAGUUCGCGCACCAGAGCGGCAACUUCUUCUUCAGCUAUGAGGUCCAGCGGGCGUCGGGGAUGGCGAGCAACAGGCACAUCUUGGCCACAGUGAGCGACCCCAGUGGCUUCCGGCUUGGUUCUUCCCAGCAUGUGCGAGGACAGAUCAACUUUCCAACCAAGGAGACAGGUUUUUACCAGCUGUGCCUGGACAACCAGCACAACCACUUUGGCUUCAUGCAGGUUUAUCUCAACUUUGGUGUGUACUACCAAGGCUUUGACACUGAGAAUGAACAAGUAGAGAGGAAACAGCUGAAUGACACCCUGGAUGCCAUCGAGAUCAGCAUGCGGAAGCUGCAGGUCCACGUCUUCCACAUGUGGAGGUUCUACAACUUCGCCCGGAUGAGGAAAGGCGCCGACUCCUUCCUCCUCGAGUCCAACUACAACUACAUCAACUGGUGGUCGCUGGCUCAGAGCUGCAUCAUUGUCCUCUCCGGGGUGCUACAGCUCUACUUCUUGAAGCGCCUCUUCGUCGUGCAGCCUGCUGCCAGGCCGAGGUGCUAGGGGCUCCGAGCACAGCCGGCAGCGCCAGCGCCUGGCCUGCCUCUGCCUGCAGCAACCGGGAACCGAGCUGCUCCUCUGCACCUUCACAGCAGCCGCCCUGCCACUGCAGGUUGGGGAGGGGGGGACCAGAUCCUGUCUUGGGAAGGAGACAGUGCAGCUGGACACACAGAACUCUCUGGGCUCCUGCCCUCGGCUCUAGCCCUGUCUCUACUGCUAUCAUUUUGGAGGAAAAAAAGUUUGAAGUAAUUGCCUUAACUUUGU